CUUGUUGGUAUAUAUUAAAUAGUAACAUUUAAAGAAAUAAAUGAGAUUUUAAAAAAUAGAUAGAUUUAAAUUGAUUUUAAACAUGUUUUUUCUUAUCAAAAAUAAAUUUUUAAUAAAAGGAGGAUUUCCUAAGUAUGGUUCUACAAUAAAAUAUUUAAAAACAAAUAAUAAAUUAUAUGCAACUAAAAGUAAUGUUACUAAAAACAUUGUAUUUAUUGAUGGUGUAAGAACACCAUUUUUACAUUCUGGAACAAGUUACAAAAACUUGAUAGCAUAUGAUCUUGCCAGACAUUCAUUAGUGGCUUUACAAAAGAAAAUUAAAUUUCCUAAAGAAAUUGUUGAAUAUAUUGUUUAUGGUACAGUAAUACAAGAAGUAAAGACUUCAAAUAUUGCUAGAGAAGCAGCUUUAGCAGCAGGAUAUAGUGAUCGUAUUCCUGCACAUACAGUAACUAUGGCAUGCAUCAGUAGUAAUCAAGCUCUUACAACUGGUAUGGGUUUGAUAGCAUGUGGUGUAUAUGAUGUAAUCAUAGCAGGAGGAGUGGAAUUUUUGUCAGAUAUACCAAUUAGACAUAACAGACGUAUGAGAACAUUGAUGUUACAAGCUAAUAAAGCAAAAACAAUUGGACAAAAACUAACACUUCUUACUAAUAUCAGAGCAGCACAUUUUGUACCAGAUUUACCUGCAGUAGCAGAAUUUUCUAGUAAUGAAACAAUGGGACAUAGUAGUGACAGAUUAGCAGCUGCAUUUGGAAUAUCAAGAAAAGAGCAAGAUGAAUAUGCUUUACGUUCACAUACUUUAGCUGCUAAAGCACAACAACAAGGAUACCUCACAGAUAUAGUCCCCUAUAAAGUUCCAAAUGUAAAUGAAGUAAUAAACAAAGACAAUGGUAUUCAAGUUUCAACGAUAGAAAAAUUAGCAAAAUUGAAACCAGCAUUUGUUAAACCAUAUGGAACAGUUACUGCUGCUAAUGCUUCUUUUUUAACUGAUGGUGCAUCAGCAGCUUUAAUAAUGACAGAAGAAAAAGCUCUUCAACUUGGUCUUACUCCAAAAGCAUAUUUAAGAAAUUUUAUUUAUGUUUCCCAAGAUCCUAUUGAUCAAUUACUCUUGGGACCAUCUUAUGCUAUACCACAGGUAUUGCAAAAAGCAAAAUUAAAUAUUAAAGAUAUUGGAGUGUGGGAAAUACAUGAAGCUUUUGCUGGACAAAUUUUAGCCAAUUUGAAAGCUUUAGAUUCUGAUUUGUUUGCACAAAAUUAUUUAGGAAGAUCUUUAAAAGUAGGAAUACCAGAUCUCAAUAAGUGGAAUGCAUGGGGUGGAUCUUUGUCAAUUGGUCAUCCAUUUGCAGCAACUGGAAUUCGAUUAGCUACUCAUACAGCUAAUCGACUUAUCAAAGAAGAUCAACAAUUUGGAUUAAUUGCAGCUUGUGCAGCUGGAGGACAGGGUGUAGGUAUGAUUAUGGAAAGAUAUCCUGGUGCUAAGAUUUAAGAUG